GCCAUCGGGGGGCGGAGCCGCCAAGAAGAUCUGGGGGGGCGGAACGCCCCUUCCUCCUCCUCCCUCCAGCCUGUGCUGGGGUCCUGGGGGCGCCGGGAGCGAAGGAAGGCGGUUGCCCAGCAACGUGGGUGGCUCGGGCUGGGCCCGGCAGCUCCUCCCCGGCGGGCGGCGCUGUGGAGCCGAGGGCUGGGGAAGGAGUCCUGGGAACCCGGCCCAGACCCCGGUGAAAGAAACGCUGGGGAGAAGCGGGGCCCACCCGGGCCGGACGCCCCAAGCAGCCGAAACCCCCCAGCUCCUGCCCUGGCUCCAGCUCUGGCUCCUUUGUCCUGAACCGCCGGCAGCCAUGAUGCCCGGACGCCGCCGGGGACGAGCGGAGUGGGCCCCAAGCCCACCCGGGAUACCCCUCGGGUUCGAGGACAUUUGCAGGGCCGGGGGGAGGGAAAGAAGAAGUGAAGCGCGCGAGCCCCCUGCCCGCCGGCGCUUUCCCGGCCUCGGGGAAUGGAAAAAGGGUUAAGAUAUAGGCGCUGUGAGCUCUCUCCUGCGAACCCGGAUCCCAUUGACGAGCCUCCCCUGGGGCUGGUCCCUUUGGAUUAAAUUAAAACCACACGCUCACCAAAAAAAAACAAAAAAAAUCCAACAACUAAAAGCCUUCCCCAGCUACACACACCUCCGGCCAGACGCCGGUGCGGACGAGCCUCCCCCGCCCUCCCCUCCGGUAGGAGGCCGGAGCUUGGAGGGGCGGGAAUGAGCCGCGAGGGGGCAGGAUCGCGAUUCUACGCUGCCCUCAAUGCAGGCGAUGGAGGGGGAGUGAGAGCACCGGCUCCUGGGGUCGGAACCUACAGCCGGGGGAGGUGGCCCACUCCCGAUGUCGUCCCUGGCGGCCUCGGGCUCAGACAGCUGAUUUGAAUGCCAGAACCAGCAUUUUCCCCCAGAAUCUCAGAAAAGAGUUGUCAAGCAGAUCCCAGACCCAGAGAGCAGGUGCUUUGGACAAUGAACUGGAUAAGCCCAUUCCUGAUGUAAAAAUGUCGCACAGUAACCGGGAGCUGGUGAUUGACUUUCUUUCUUACAAGCUCUCACAGAAAGGAUACAAUUGGAGUCAGUUUGAAGAUGAGAACAGGACUGAGGUUCUAGAAGGGGCAGAGAUACCUAGUACUGUGAAUGGCAGUCCCUCUUGGCACCCUGCUGACAGCCGUGCUGUGAGUGGGGCCACAGGGCACAGCAGCAGCCUGGAUGCCCAUGAGACAAUACCAGUGGCUGCUGUGAAGCAAGCUUUGAGGGAGGCAGGAGAUGAAUUUGAACUUCGGUACAGGCGGGCAUUCAGUGACCUGACAUCCCAGCUCCACAUCACGCCAGGAACAGCUUAUCAGAGCUUUGAGCAGGUAGUGAAUGAACUCUUCCGGGAUGGGGUGAACUGGGGCCGAAUUGUGGCAUUCUUCUCCUUCGGAGGGGCAUUGUGUGUGGAAAGCGUGGAUAAGGAGAUGGAAGUCUUGGUAGGACGCAUCACCUCCUGGAUGGCCACUUACUUGGAUGACCACCUAGACCCUUGGAUCCAAGAAAAUGGCGGCUGGGACACCUUUGUGGAACUUUAUGGGAAUGAUGCAGCUGCAGAGAGCCGGAAGGGCCAGGAACGCUUCAACCGAUGGCUGCUGACUGGCAUGACAGUGGCCGGUGUAGUCCUGCUGGGGUCCCUAUUCAGCCGGAAGUGACCAUAUACCCUGAAUCUACCUUGGAACCUGUCUGAUCCACCCCACCACACCCUGUCUUGAUCUGUACUCUGUCUUGACACAGGAAAACCGCUACAUGAAGCUGACAUCUUAUUACAUGGAGCUGAACCAUCCCAAUCCCCCCCUCCACUCCUUACCUCCCAGUUCCCCAGUAUGCGGUCUGAGACCCUCGGCCCCUCUUUGAUCUCUAAGUCCUCCAGAAAGAAAAACAUGCAACUUCUUGAACCUCUACAACACUGGUGGGUGCUGGCUGCCUAGUCAUGACCUCUUCCCUGCCCUCAGACUGCCUAGAGCUAGGCCUCUCCCCCAACCCGACCAAAUCAAGAAGGAUCCAAAAACCUUAUAAAACCCCCCAUAGGAUUUUCCAGUGGUAGGGUGAAGCAGAAUAAAAUAACUUCAUUUUUAUUUUUGUGUUAUCCUUCCAGUCCCUAAUGUUGGGAAGGGCCAAGACGAGGUGUUCACUGAACCAGGCCUCUACAUUACCAAGGACAGAUUUUCUCUAAAGACUUCCUGCUUGGAGCAGUGAGUAGGUAACUUGCUUGUGAAAUCUUAUAGUUAGCUGUCACAGGGUCCAGAUCACCAGGUUUGGGCAGUCUCCCUUAGGCACCUCCUAAGCAUGCUGCUCCUAGUAACUCCAAACCAUGCCCUACCCACCACCUUCAGAGGUAGCCUAGGAAUCCAGCCAUACAGGCAGCCCAGAGUGUCUCAGGAAAGUGACCUGGCCUUGACUGUCUUGGUUGGUCAGUUGGACCAGUAUUUCUUACUGGUUAAUGGACCUGCAGAAGGAAGGUAUGAUGGGUAUGUGUGUUCAGUAGCAUAUCUGAAUUCUAGAACUGGACCCCUAAAUAACCCUUCUUACCCUCCUCCCUAGCUCCUACCCCUCAAGAGGAAACAGGUACAGGGAGAGACCCGAGAAAGUAGCAUCUGACAGCUGUUUGUAGCUGUUUUCCUUAGUCAUCUUAGUUCAUAGAGAUCUUGGGAGAAUGUGGACCUGGUUCUCUCCUGAUAACACUUUCAACCGGUGCCCAGAUAUACUGACCCAGAGGUGAAGGGGUCCCCCAGAGUGCCUGGCAAUACUUAAAGGGGUUCCCAAGCACCAUCUCCCUUCAUCAUUUAAGGUGACAUUUCUAGUGGAAUAAGUACUGGGCCAAAUCUCAACCUCACCACUAAGGAAGCUGGUAUAUAUAUCCUUGAGCAAAUCAGUCCUGUGAGCAUCAGUUUUCUCCUUUAUUAAAUGAGGUCCUGGACUAGCUAAUCUCCAAGAUCCUGUGCCUCUUCUUAAAAGAGAGCCUGACUGUUUGUUUGGUGGCAAGAAUAAGGGAAGGGGAAGAGGGAGGCUAGCCCUGAGAAAGAUUAGAUUCCCCCAUACCAGCUUCCUUCUCAGGCUAUACCGCAAACCUCCCCCUCUCCAAGCUUUCAGAAUUCAGAUUUGGGAUGCUUACUGCUUCACCUAGCCAGGCUGUGUGUUUGUCCCUCCCAGCAGCUUCCCAAACUGGUCUCUCUCACAGUCCCAGUCCAUCACCGAAAAGGUACAGCCCUACCAUUAAAAAUGUUCUCCUUAUCCCAGUUUGCGGAUCAGCCAAUUCUUCAUCACUCCCUCUUGACCCUCCCCAUGCCUCUUUGCCUCUGUAUCAUAGUCUUGUCUUUGCUGUAUAUAUUUGAGAUUAGUUUUUAUUCCUUGUGAAGAUGAUAUACUAUUUUUGUUAAGCGUGUCUGUAUUUAUGUGAGGCUCGGCAGGGCUGUCGUGUGGUGAACGCAUGGGGAGAUGGUUCCCCCACCCUAUUCAACCCCCACCCUUUUCAGCCCCCUAGAGGGAGGGGAGACUGAUUACUCCCCAACCCAGGCCUAGGGUCUUCCCCUCAGCCCCCCAUAUCCUGGCUCUUUGAAGUAGUCUGUGUGAUGGUGGAAGUGAAGUUCAAUUAAUAAACUGUGUUUAAUUUGC